GGAUGGGCGGGAAUUUCAAACUGAUGGAACCGUUAACAGACUUGCAUUUUUUUUCUUUUUAAAAAAGGUGUUUAACAAGCAGAUAUUGCUUCUGACUUCAGGCAGGAAUCAGCGAGAAGAUUAAAAAUUAUACGAUCAGGUUAUAUUGGAUUUCAUCUUGAUUUUGUAGAGGAUGACAUCUAUGGACUUGCAAGAUGUGUCAGUUCAACUGAACAACAAGAUAUCUUCUAUCAAAAGAUCCAUGCAGCUGAAGAACAUGUGUAGUGACCCUUCACUUACAAAAGUUCUGCAGAAGAUUGGGCUAGAAUUGUCUAGCAUUCGGGAUACCCUGGAUAUUUUUCAGAUGCAGAUACUACAGCAGCGAACUGAACUGAAAUCUCUUCAGGAUCUGAGAAAUGCAGUGCUGAAAAAUUCUGAAGCAGCACACCAUUUACUAGAAAAUAUUCCCGUUCAUCUGCCCAAGAAAGCUGCUGAAACCAGCACAGCAGAUUCAAAAGAUGCAAGGGUCCAAGAGGGUCCUGCUAAUCCUGAACCUGAUAAGAAUUCUGCCAAGAACAAACAUUUUGUUCGUGAAAUAGAGUACCUCUUAAUGGAGGAAUUUAACAGUGUUCCUGGGUACAUGAAAGGUCGUAUGACUUAUGAUCAGAUCAAUGCUGUGAUUAAGGAGCUUAACGCCACUGUGAAAGCCAAGUACAAGAUCCUAAAUCAGCCAAUGAAAUCCAUGUCUAACCCUAUUCGGAACCAGUACCAUGCUUUUAAAGAACAAGAAACUAAGGAAACCAAAGGUCAAUAUUUCUUUGUGGAAGCUGACAUAAAGGAUUUCACACACCUCAAAGUCGAUAAGAAAUUUCAUGUAAUCUUAAAUAUUCUACGGCAUUGUCACCGAUUGCGGGAAGUCCGUGGGAGUCACCUUGUACGUUAUGUACUACUUUAAGAAGAUUGUAAAAUACUUUAGAUUCUUAGAUUGCAUGAAUCCUAAACUCUUUUUUAAAAAAAAGUAUGCCAGUUAUUUUAUGCAAGGAAAGUAUGUAUACUUUAAUAUUUUCUCCUCCCCAUCACUAUAAGAGAGUCUUCAUCUAGGAACCGAUGAUAGCCUGCUAACUCCCAGUAACCUACCAGUGCUGCCUUGGGAGGAAUCAUAUAAUAUUUAUGUUUUAAAAAACAUGUAUUUCCUUUCUCCCUGUGUGAUAUCCCAAUAUUGCUUAAUCAUUCUGUACAGGCUGUGCCUAGGCCUCCACCCACAUAUCUAAACUGAAGUGACGUUUUCUCAGCACCAUUGUUUUGAACGGUGUUGCAUUUAGAGUGCUCUGAGUCCACUUGAUACAAACUGCAAAUGAUGUAAACCUUAAACUUCCUUUUGGGGUGGGUACACACAGGAGAGACAAAAAGAAAAUGGCCAUCUGAAGCGCUAAUGAAAUCUCUCCAAAUACUACUAUUGUGCAGGGAUUUAAAUUUAAAUAUAUCUAUCACAAAGUUGAAAGUGACUUUCUCAGUACCAACUUUUUGGAGUUAUCGGAUGUUUUGUUUUUGUUUUGACAGGGGUCUAUGAGCAGUGUGCUAGACAAUUGAAGGAAGGCUGUUGAAUUAGCUAAAAGAUUAUUUUGUUUACUUUGUUCUGUGCUCUUCAAUGUGAUUCCAGAGGUUUUGACAAAAUCAGUAGUACCUGGCUUUAUUUUCAAAUUGUGUGGCUCUCUGAAAAAUUUUAAGUCUGUUGUGCUGUGUUUAAACUUUGAUGUCUGUGCAUAAUGUACAUUUUUUCCCCCUGUGAAAAUAAUUUCAUUGCCUUCCUAGCUAUGAUGAUGCCCAGUCCACUGAUUCUAUAUAUUUUUGGUGUAUUUUUUGACUGUCUAAUCUUUGAAAAUAACCUACUGCCAACCUUUCUGCAGCUUUUUUAUAAUACAAUGAAACUUUCAUUUCAAUACUACCUUCAACAUGGAUAAUAUCCCGAGGUGCUUUAGAGGGCUUAGGGAAAAAAAUAUCAAGUGACGGAUGCUAGGCCACAAGGGAGAGAUUAGGAGGGUGACCAAAAGCCAGGGUUUGGAAAUAUAGGGAGACUAGUUCACAGCUGACAUAUCUCCUUUCACAGGUCCUGACAUUGCAAAAGGUUAAGAUGCAGGCAAGUCUAACCCAGUGAAGCUGAGACCAAGCAGCAGUGCACACACUCAGCUGGAGUCUUCACAUCAGUACAGGAUAGUGAUCUGUAACCAUCAGCCACAAUUAUCUUAAUUAAUGGGAAGAUUUUCCUGUUAACUGCCCUUUGGUGCAUUGGAUUACCUAGGCACAGCAGAUAGAGGAAGGUUGGGGAGGGAGAAUUGCAUGCCUCUAAGAGAUCCUGCUGAUUUUUCUGCAGUUAAUUUAAUGGAUGGAUAAUCAGAUGGACUUUAUUGCUGGUGUGUGAUCCUCUGUCAAUUGUUUUUUAUGUACUGCAUUUGGUUAUUCCAAUGCUUCCACCCACAAUAAUGGGUAGAUCAAUAUAUAUUAAUACAGCAUAUCAAUCACUGCAACUGAGUAUUUUAUUUCUCAAGUCACCAUUUGUAAAAAUUAAUUUUGAAACUCUCAUUACUGCAGGUGGAAACUGUAAACUUGCAAUUUUAAUGAUGCUCUUUAUUUAAAAUUAAUUUUCCCCUCUACAAGUAUUACUGUAAGUUUCUAAUCCAAUUUAAGUUAUUUGGAUGCAAUAAUUCAUAGCAUUAGUUCAUAAAAAUCCAUUACUGAAUAUAUUUUAUAAAUUACCCUUCAUAAUGACAUUUUUGUAAAUUAGUUUGUAACUACUGCUAUGUUAUAAUCAACCUACAUAUUUUCUCACUGAAAAUGAGAUCAACUAGUGUAUUUUUUUUAAAUUCUUGACAAAAUGGAGUAGUGCCAAUGCACUGUGGUGGUAGACCAUGUUGUAUAUGUAAAAACAAGGUGUUGAAAUUUUGAUUAAUACCAUAUGUAGAUGCCAAUCAAACGUUUACAUUUUUCCAGCUUUGCUGCUUGCCAGGUAACUAACAGCAAUGCAACUCCAUCUGUUGAAGUAUUUUCCACACUUUUUUCAGUUAUUUUAUAACCUGAGGCUUGAGAUGUUAUUAAAGAUAAAUAAAAUUGCAGUGUGAAUUAUUUAA